AUGAUGCGAGAGUAUCUGUCGCUGUUGGUGGCCGUGGGAGGGGUGAAAGGGACGCUGGCGGUGUGCUUGGCGUACGCCGCGGGCGCGAGCGCGUUUGGCGAUUUCGGCGCCGGGACGGGGGGCGAGGCGAUGGAUUUCGCGCGCGCGGCGUCGAUCGGAUUGGCGUUCGCGGCGCCGACGGCGAUUUACGACGCGUUGGUGAUGGGGGUCGAUUGGACCGCGCGCGCGGAGGCGACGAACGAGGCGCGCGAGGAGGCGUCGGGGGAGGUUCGCGAGGCGUCGGCGCUCGAGCGGUACUUUGAGCCGCUGUCGAGGUAUCAGGAAGAGGAGACGCUGAAUAAUCCGUGCAGAAGCAUGCCGUUUUGGAUGGACGCGUCCGUCGCGCUCACCGCGCGAGUCGCGGACGAGAUGCUCGAGCGCGGAGUGGUUUUGGGUUUGCUCGCCAAGUGGCUCGCCGACCGCGCCGUCGAGGCGGGGUUCGAGCCGUACGAAGUCGACGCCCCGGCCAAGGCGGCGGCGGCGUUCGGCGUGUACCUCGUCCUCGAGGCGCGUUUGCGACGCGUGCAGAGACAAACGCGCGUGCAGGCGUUCAGAGUGGAGCGGAACAAGGUGACGGGCAAACAAAAGUUGGUGCCGGUGAGCGAGGACGACAUCAAGGCGAGCGCCGAAAAGACGAAGAAACCGUCGCUCAAGUUUUGGGAGAAGAAGCCCGACGCCGCCGCGGACGACGAGUCGUCGUCGCCGCUGUCCGCAAACGAAGCGCCGAACGUCGCGGAGACGCGCGCGUUCGAAAACAUCCUGCGCGGAAAGAGCGUGAAAGAUUUUUUGGACGGCAGCCGCAGUCGAUUGCUCUUCGUCUCGCAAUCGCUCGCCUUCGUCGUCACCGGAGGCGUGUUCGCCCCGAUCGUCGGCGGCUACGUCGCGGACGCCAUGUACAUCAUCCAUCAACGGAACACGAUGACGCGUUUCAUCGAGCGCGCGCUCGGCGACGCCGCGCCCGCGCGCGGCGCCGGCCCGCCCGAUCCGGACACCGUUCGCAGGGCGCAAGCCGCCGCGUUUAAAAACAUGUUGGCGAGGAAAAAGCGACGCAUGGGUCGCGACGUCGUCGACGCCAUGCGGCGCGACCCAUCGAUAUCGCGCGACGUCAACGUCUUAUUCCAAGACGUCGUUCGAAAGGUCAAGCGCGUGAAAGACAUCGACGAAUCCACCGCCGUGGACGAGGUCUUGCUCGCCGUGAACGAUUUCGCCGCCGACGACGCCGCCGACGACGACGCCGCCGACGACGAUUCCGGCGUCUCCUACGCCGAGCGCAUGCGCGCCGCCCUGCGCCGAGUCAGCGAAGACAUGGACGCCAUCGAGCUCGCGCGCGCCGAAUCACCGCCCUCCGCCGACGACGACGACCCGAAUUAA